AUGAAGUGGCUCAUCCUGGCUCUGGUUUGUCUCCAGCUCUCAGAAGGGCUGGUGAAAGUCACUCUGAAGAAAGGAAAGUCUAUGCGAGAGGUGAUGAAGGAGAAAGGAGUUCUGGAGGAUUUUCUGAAGCAUCACAAAGUUGAUCCUGCCAGGAAGUACCACUUCAAUAAUUACAAUGUCGUUGAUGUACCAAUAGCCAACUACCUGGAUUCCUUCUACUUUGGAGAGAUCAGCAUUGGAACUCCGCCCCAGAACUUCUUGGUUCUCUUCGACACCGGCUCCUCCAACCUGUGGGUUCCAUCUACAUACUGCCAGACUGAGGCCUGCUCCAAUCAUGCAAGGUUCAACCCCAACCAGUCAUCCACCUUUUCCGACAUUGGCGUGACCUACACCCUGGACUAUGGGUUUGGAGACCUGACUGUGGUUUUAGGUUACGACACGGUGACAAUCCAGAACAUCGCCAUUGAGCACCAGGAAUUUGGUAUGAGUCAGGAUGAGCCUAGCAGCCCCUUCUAUUAUACGUAUUUUGAUGGGAUUUUGGGAAUGGCUUAUCCUCCCGUAGCCAUACCGGGGUACAGGACACUUAUGCAGGAGAUGCUGCAGCAGGGCCAGCUUACUGAACCCAUAUUCAGUUUCUAUUUCUCACGGCAACCAACGUAUGAUUACGGAGGGGAAGUCAUCUUGGGCGGCGUUGACACCCAGCUGUUCUCUGGCCAGAUUACCUGGGUACCUGUUACCCAAGAAGUUUACUGGAAGAUUGGUAUUGAAGAGUUUGCUAUUGGACAGCAGGCGACUGGCUGGUGCAGUCAAGGCUGCCAGGGCAUUGUGGACACCGGGACGUUUCUGCUCACCAUCCCAGAGCAGUACAUAGGGGACUUCCUGCAGGCCUUGGGUGCUCAGGAAUCCAAUGGAGAGUACGUGGCUGACUGCAGCAACGUCCAGAACAUGCCGACCAUCACCUUCAUCAUCAACGGAUCCCAGUUCCCGCUGCCCCCCUCCGUCUACAUCCUCAACAACAAUGGCUACUGCAGAGUUGCGGUUGAGACCACUUACGUAUCUUCUCAGAAUGAGCAGCCAAUCUGGAUCCUGGGUAACAUCUUCCUUAGGGAAUAUUAUUCUGUCUUUGAUAUGGCUAACAACAGAGUGGGCUUUGCCCCAUCAGCCUAG